AUGUCUGAGGAACGCAGCAAGAUAACCCUGUCCCUUCGAAGCGGAAAGCGACGAAAGGCUCGUCCCGUCAUCAGUGCGCCGCGACAGAUUUCUGCGCCAAUCCCUCAAGAUGACUCGUCUGGAGGAACAGCCGCCGUUCCUGGGAUGCUUCCCAUACCUGAGGCGCCCCGGCCCCGACCUGUAGCAGCGAGUGGAAAGACAUCCGAUUUGGUCAAGCGACGCUUUUCUUCUCGAUUUAACAACUUGCCUCCCGAGUUCGACGCGGCCGCCCCGCCAGUCCCAAGUCUACCUCCUCUCGAGCGGUACAACACCGACUAUCAGCCCCCUCCUCCGUCCCGAGCAGGGCCAGGAGCUGCUCCCGUUGUCGACCUCAAGGCGCUGCGGGACCCGAAUCUUAUUCCCGACCAGUAUGUAGCUUCAGUGCUGAGCGAGGCGAGCGAGGACCAGAUCCAGGAAUAUGCAGAGUCGCUCCAGGGCAUUAAGACGCGCGCCGGUGCAGACUUGCAGCAGAAUCUACUGCAAAACCGAACGCAGUUUAUCAAGAUCAGUAAAGAGGCAGAGAAACUCAAGGGGGAGAUGAGAGCUCUCCGCAACCUGAUGUCCGAACUCAAGGCAAACACGACGGCUCUUAGGCAAGCCUCGGGAAGAAACGAGAUGGACUCAUCCAUCGGAGGAGCCGUCACCAUGAGCAAACGUGACAAGCGCAGCUCCGUCGCAGACCGAAGCGUUCUCUGGACCUCGCAGAUGCAAUCUCUCUACAAGACGGUGGAAGGGUCGCAAAAGUUUCUGCCAAACGCGAUUGGACGUCAUGUGGUUCUCAAUGCUGGGCCCUGGAUUGAAUUGGACAAUGCAACAUAUAAGAGCAGAAGAGCCAUGCAAAUAUUUCUGCUAAACGACCAUCUUCUCAUCGCCUCUCGGAAGAAACGCAAGGUCGACGCGCCCAACGCAGACACCCGUGGGCCCAUGGUAAAGCUUGUCGCCGACCGCUGUUGGCCCUUGCUCGACAUUGAAGUCAUCGAAAUGCCAGGUACAGGCGAUUCCAUUGGCGGCCGUACCAAGUUAGCCGACGCCAUCAUGGUUCGGGGUGGUGGCCAGGAGACGUUCAUCUACCGCACGGAAAAGCCAGAAGCGAGUGAGAAGAAGGCGUUGAUGAUGAAUGUGCGCAAGGCAGUGGAAGAGCUACGCAAAGGUUUGCAGUCUGAGAUGGAGGCCAAUAACAAGGCAAGAGAGACGAUCAACUACUUUGCAUCAAGAGACCCUGGCUUGCUCCAAAAGACGGAGCUGCUAGAGACGCUAUCUGAUAUCAAAGACAUGCUCAUCGAGGUGGACGGCAAGCAGCAGAACCUCCGAUGGGUGGAAGGCCAAAUGGACGAGCUGGAUAUUGACAUUGCUCUUCAGGGGUUCGAGCCCGCAGUGGCGCGCGUGGAAAAGCUCAAGGGAUUAGCACGGGGCCUCAAGGGCAAUACGGUAGCCCAAGACUUUAUCAACUUUGAGGUUGAAGAGAGAUGCGCCAAGCUUGCGACGAUAAUCAUUCACGGGAUGGAGACGACGCAUCACCAGCAGAACAAGACGAAGCGAAACCUUGGCUGGUUGGCGAGACUAGGCUAUGAAGACAGGGCCAGAGAGGCGUAUCUUGCAGCUCGAGCUGACACGAUUCAUAAGAGAGCCAGACAAUGCCUCUUUCAAGGCGACUUGCACCUGUACAUAUGGCAGCUAUCCUUUGUUUAUUUCACCCUCAUCCACAACACGGUGCAAUGCUUUCAGAGCUGCUUCCCUCCACCCAUGAUGAGCACGUGCGUCAAGUGGGCAAAGGAGCAGGUCGAAGCAUUCAACGUGAUUUUUGCCAGGCAGUUGGCGAGCACGGAGCGCGGCGGACAAGUCUGGACGCAGUGCAUGGACCAGGCAAAGGAGCACGCGAAGAAGCUGUCUGACGUGGGACUUGAUUUCACAAGCUUGGUGGGCAAAGGCGUGGAUGGGCCAUCGAGCGGUAUGGGAGCCGAGGCUUCGGACCUUGUUGGACUGGGACUGGCUUGA